CCUCCUGCGAGCCGGGGCGGCGCCGCUGCAGAGGGGCCGCGGGAGCAGGAGCGGGAGCAGCAGCCGGAGGAGGCGGCCGGAGCUGCGCCGGCGGCGGGGCCGGUUUAUUCCAGAGUUGAAAAAGCUUGAACAAUAUAUUUUCUCCAUGUUUGGAAAAAGAUAGUUGCUACAGACGAGGAGGAUAAUUGCAAAAAGAUGAGUAUGUUAAAACCAAGUGGACUGAAGGCUCCUUCAAAGACCAUCAAGCACGGGAGUACAUUGCUCAAAACCCCUGCACCUGUUGCUGCUGCUCCAGCAGAAAAAGCAGCUCCCAGUGAGAAGCCCUCAAGCACAGCCCCUGCGGAUGCACACGAGGAGUUUGUGGAUGAUUUCAGGGUCGGGGAGCGCGUUUGGGUCAAUGGAAACAAGCCAGGCUUCAUCCAGUUCCUGGGGGAAACGCAGUUUGCCCCGGGGCAGUGGGCAGGGAUUGUCCUGGAUGAGCCCAUCGGGAAGAACGAUGGCUCGGUGGCUGGAGUUCGCUAUUUCCAGUGUGAGCCCCUGAGGGGAAUAUUCACAAGGCCAUCCAAACUGAGCAGGAAAGUGCUGACAGAGGACGAAGCCAAUGGUACCCAGACAGCUCAUGCUUCCAGAGCCACCUCCCCAACAUCCACAUCAGCUGCUAGUGCAGUGUCCUCAUCCACUGCUGCACUUCCCCCUUCAGGAAUUCCACAGAAAUCCCCCCUUGCUGCUAAGGAACAUGCAACUCCUUCUCAGAUUAGCAAUCUUUCCAAAACUGCCAGUGAAUCUAUAUCAAACCUCUCGGAAGCUGGAUCACUAAAGAAAGGAGAAAGGGAGCUCAAAAUAGGAGAUCGAGUGCUGGUUGGAGGAACAAAAGCUGGAGUCGUGCGUUUUCUGGGAGAAACUGACUUUGCUAAAGGAGAGUGGUGUGGAGUGGAGCUGGAUGAGCCCCUGGGCAAGAACGAUGGAGCUGUUGCUGGCACGAGGUACUUCCAGUGCCAGCCCAAGUACGGCCUGUUCGCCCCGGUGCACAAGGUGACCAAGAUCGGCUUCCCCUCCACGACGCCGGCCAAGGCCAAGCCGGCCGUGCGCAAGGCGCUGCCCACGCCCGCCGCGCUGAAGCGCAGCCCCAGCGCCUCCUCGCUCAGCUCGCUCAGCUCGGUGGCCUCCUCCGUAAGCAGCAAGCCCAGCCGCACAGGACUCUUGACAGAAACCUCUUCCCGGUAUGCAAGGAAAAUUUCGGGCACCACAGCCCUCCAGGAGGCCCUGAAGGAGAAGCAGCAGCACAUUGAGCAGCUCCUGGCAGAAAGGGACCUGGAGAGGGCAGAAGUUGCAAAAGCAACGAGUCACGUCGGGGAGAUCGAGCAGGAAUUGGCUCUGGUUCGCGAUGGGCACGACCGGCAUGUGCUGGAGAUGGAGGCAAAAAUGGACCAGCUCCGAGCUAUGGUGGAGGCAGCUGACAGGGAGAAAGUGGAGCUCCUCAAUCAGCUUGAGGAAGAGAAAAGGAAAGUUGAAGACCUUCAGUUCCGUGUGGAAGAAGAAUCCAUUACCAAAGGAGACCUCGAGCGAAAGAGGCAGAUUUCGGAAGACCCAGAAAAUACGCAGACCAAACUGGAGCAUGCCCGCAUUAAGGAGCUUGAACAGAGCCUGCUCUUUGAAAAGACCAAAGCUGACAAACUCCAGAGGGAGUUAGAAGACACUAGGGUGGCCACAGUGUCAGAAAAGUCCCGGAUCAUGGAGCUGGAGAGGGACCUGGCACUGAGGGUGAAGGAAGUGGCUGAGCUCCGAGGGAGGUUGGAUUCCAGCAAACACAUCGACGACGUGGACACUUCUCUCUCCUUGCUACAAGAAAUCAGUUCUUUGCAAGAAAAAAUGGCAGCAGCUGGCAAGGAACAUCAGAAUGAGAUGAACUCACUGAAAGAGAAGUUUGGCCUUAGUGAGGAAGCCUUGCAGAAAGAGAUCAAGUCCCUUUCAGCUUCAAAUGAGAGAAUGGCAAAGGAAAAUGAAUCCUUGAAAACCAAGCUUGACCAUGCCAACAAGGAAAAUUCCGACGUGAUUGAGCUGUGGAAGUCCAAGCUGGAAUCUGCAAUUGCUUCCCAUCAGCAAGCAAUGGAAGAGCUGAAAGUUUCUUUCAGCAAAGGUGUUGGGGCUCAGACAGCAGAAUUCGCUGAGUUAAAGACUCAGAUUGAGAAGAUGAAAUUAGACUAUGAGAAUGAAAUGGCAAAUCUAAAGGUGAAGCAGGAAAAUGAGAGAUCUCAUCACUUGAAAGAGAUCGAGUCGCUGAAAGCAAAACUGGUGGCAGUCACGGAGGAGAAAGAGCAAAACCUGGAAAGCCUGAAGACCAAACUGGAAAGUGUGGAAGAUCAGCAUCUAGUAGAAAUGGAAGACACUUUAAACAAAUUGCAGGAAGCUGAGAUAAAGGUAAAGGAGCUAGAGGUACUGCAAGCCAAGUACAAUGAACAAACCAAAGUUAUUGAUAGUCUUACACCACAGAUCAAAGCUGCUGAAGAAAAGCUUUUGGACCUUGCUGCACUUGAGAAAGCCAAUUCUGAAGGUAAAUUGGAAAUCGAGAAACUUAGCAAGCAGCUUGAGGCAGCUGAGAAACAAAUUCAGACUUUAGAGACUGAAAAGGGUGAUGGAAUUAGCCAGGCCAGUAAUCUGGCCAAAGAACUGCAGGGCAAAGAGCAAAAGCUUCUUGACUUUGAGAAAAACUUGAGUGCAGUAAAUCAAGUUAAAGAUUCUUUGGAAAAGGAACUUCAAGUUUUGAAAGAAAAAUUUACUAGUGCAGCUGAUGAAGCAGAGAAUGUUCAACAAGCUAUGCAAGAAACGGUGAAGAAGCUGAACCAAAAAGAAGAGCAGUUUGCACUCAUGUCUUCAGAACUGGAGCAGCUCAAGUCUAGUUUGAGUGAGAUGGAGAGGAAGCUGAGGGAGCGAGAAGAGAGGGAGCAGCAGCUGAUGGAAGCAAAAGCCAAACUGGAAAAUGACAUUGCAGAGAUCAUGAAGUCGUCAGGAGACAGCUCUGCCCAGCUCACAAGAAUGAACUAUGAGCUGAGGUUAAAAGAAAGGCAGUUGGAGCAAAUACAGCUUGAGCUUACAAAAGCAAAUGAAAAGGCUGCUCAGCUUGAGAAAAACCUGGAGCAGACAACACAGAAAGCUGAGCAGAGUCAGCAGGAAACUCUCAAGAUUCAUCAAGCAGAACUGAAAACUCUGCAGGAUCAAUUAACAGACAUGAAAAAGCAGAUUGAGAGCAGCCAGCAUCAGUACAAAGAUCUUCAGGCAAAGCAUGAGAAAGAAACUUCUGAGCUGGUGGCUAAACACGAUGCAGAUCUCCAAGGGUUUAAACAGAACCUGCUGGAUGCAGAAGAGGCACUGAAAAGUGCCCAGAGGAAAAACAGCGAGCUGGAGGCACAGGCUGAGGAGCUGCAGAAACAAGCAGAGCAGGCCAGAGUGGCCAAAGUGGCAGAAGAUGUUUUCCAGGCAGUGGAGCAGGUGACCAAGGAGAAGGAUGCCAUUCACAAAGAGAAGAUUGAAACUUUGGCCUCUUUGGAGAACUCGAGACAGACAAACCAGAAGCUGCAGAAUGAAUUGGACAUGCUUAAACAAAACAACCUGAAAAAUGAAGAGGAACUUAAUAAAUCAAAAGAACUUCUAAAUCUGGAGAACAAGAAAGUGGAAGAACUUAAAAAAGAAUUCGAAGCGCUCAAGCUGGCAGCGGCUCACAAGUCCCAGCAGCUCGAGGCUCUGCAGGAGGAGAACGUGAAACUGGCCGAGGAGCUGGGCAGGAGCAGGGACGAGGUGUCGAGCCACCACCACAAGCUGGAAGAGGAGAGAUCAGUACUCAAUAACCAGUUAUUAGAGAUGAAAAAGAGCUUACCCAGUAGCACUUUAAGAGAAUCGACUUUAAAAAAAGAAAUUGAUGAAGAGAGAGCAUCUUUACAGAAAUCCAUCAAUGUUACUAGUGCCUUGAUCACACAAAAAGAUGAGGAACUGGAAAAACUCAGACAUGAGAUCACGGUGCUCCGCGGAGAAAACGCUUCUGCAAAAACCCUGCAGUCAGUGGUGAAGUCCCUGGAGUCUGACAAACUGAAACUUGAGGAAAAGGUGAAGAACUUGGAGCAAAAACUCAAGGAAAACAACGAGCAGCCUUUAACUGUAAUGAGCCCCUCAGGUGAUGCUGCUACUCUGCUUCAGGAGGAAAUUGCAAGAGAGAAGCAGGGCGAGAUCGACUUCCUGAAUUCAGUGAUAGUGGAUCUGCAAAGGAGAAAUGAAGAACUGAACUUGAAGAUACAAAGAAUGUGUGAAGCAGCCCUCAAUGGCAAUGAAGAGGAGAUAAAUAACUAUGACAGUGAGGAGGAGAGCCUGUCCAAGAAGAAGCCGCGUCUCUUCUGCGACAUCUGCGGCUGCUUCGACCUGCACGACACCGAGGACUGCCCGACGCAGGCGCAGGCGCUGGAGGAGCCGCCGCACUCGGCGCACCACGGCAGCCGGCGCGAGGAGCGGCCCUACUGCGACACCUGCGAGGUGUUCGGCCACUGGACGGCCGACUGCAACGACGACGAGACCUUCUGAUGGCGGGACAGCCCCGCCCGGACCCCUGCAGCACCAGCAGCGCCUCUGCUGAAUGCCAGCACAAGGGACACAGAGCCCUCGCUCCCCGCUCCGGAAUCCCUACAGGCAUAAAUACUUUGAUCUUCCACUAAUAAAUAUCCCCCGUCCCUUUUUAACGAACUUCAGUGAAAGAUAAAUAAAUGAUUUAACAAGUGA